AUGAUAAGCAGAACAUUAUUCCCGCAAAAUCAUCAUCACCAGCACUACUACAGAGGACAUCGCGCAGACACCUUUAUUCCAAACGACGUGAAUGAACUCGUCGAAAUACGGGCAAGGCAAAGGACGUUCAACGGUGCUUAUGAACGCAGCGCUCUGUCAAACUUGGGAUAUGCUGUUGCCAUUCUACGGCUAUUUGACAAACGCUUUACACAAAUCAGUAUCGCCUACACCCUCUUAGCGGGGCUGCUUUACAUCCUGGCCUACUUCCGACAACGUCGCUCGCGCCAUGACUUCGCUGACCAAUAUCGAUACGAGACGUAUAUACACGCGAUCCCAACAGUGGGUCAGACAGGAAAGACCAACUUCGGUCGACCGUUCAUUACAGCAGGGUGGAUAGUCAUGGCUGUUUCUGUUGCUGUUGCCCUCGUCGAGAUCGGGUUGUUGUGGCUUAUAUUGACUAUCGAGCUUUCGCCAGAUUCAGAUUUCUACUAG